AUGGUCAUCCUGCAGCAGGGGGACUAUGUGUGGCUGGACCUUCAGACCGGUCGACAGUUUGAUGUUCCAGUGGGAGCCGUGGUCAAACUCUGCGACUCCAGACAGAUCCAGGUUCUGGACGACGAGGGACAGGAGCACUGGGUCUCUCCUCAGAAUGCCUCCUCCAACUUGAAGCCCAUGCACCCGACCUCACUCCAGGGGGUCCAGGACAUGAUCCGCCUCGGGGACCUCAACGAGGCCGGGAUCCUGCGCAACCUCCUGAUCCGCUACAUCGACAGGGUCAUCUAUACGUACACUGGUUCCAUCCUGGUGGCUGUGAACCCGUACCAGGUGUUGCCCAUCUACACGGCCGAGCAGAUCCGACUCUACACCAACAGGAAGAUCGGAGAGCUGCCUCCGCACAUCUUUGCCAUCGCUGACAACUGCUACUUCAACAUGCAGAGGAGCAACAAGGACCAGUGCUGCAUCAUCAGUGGAGAGUCUGGGGCUGGGAAGACGGAGAGCACCAAGCUGAUCCUGCAGUUCCUGGCAGCCAUCAGCGGACAGCACUCCUGGAUCGAGCAGCAGGUCCUGGAGGCCACGCCCAUCCUGGAGGCCUUCGGUAACGCAAAGACCAUCCGCAAUGACAACUCCAGCCGCUUUGGGAAGUACAUCGACAUCCACUUCAACAAGAGAGGGGCCAUCGAGGGGGCCAAGAUCGAGCAGUACCUCCUGGAGAAGUCCCGGGUCUGUAGGCAGGCGUCCGAUGAGAGGAACUACCACAUCUUCUACUGCAUGUUGAAGGGGAUGCCAGCCGAGCAAAAAGCCAAGCUGGGCCUGGGCCAGGCCUCAGACUUCUGCUACCUCACCAUGGGGCAGUGCACAGAGUGUGAUGGCAGGAACGACCUCUCUGAUUACUCCAGUAUCCAAUCGGCCAUGAAGGUUCUCAUGUUCAGCGACACCGAGAACUGGGAGAUCUCCAAACUGCUGGCUGCCAUCCUGCACAUGGGCAACCUCUGCUUCCAGGCACGCACCUACGAGAACCUGGACGCCUGUGUGGUGGUGCGCUCCCCCGACCUGAGCACAGCGGCGUCUCUGCUGGAGGUGGAGCCCAAAGAUGUGAUGCUGUGUCUGAGCACUCGCACCCUCAUCACCCGCGGGGAGAGCGUCUGUACCCCCCUCAGCAUGGCCCAGGGGCUGGACGUCAGGGACGCCUUUGUCAAGGGCAUCUACGGCCGUCUGUUUGUGUGGAUUGUGGACAAGAUCAACGCUGCGAUCUACAGACCCCCGUCCUGCCACAGCGGCGCCCUCCGCAGGUCCAUCGGUCUGCUGGACAUCUUCGGCUUCGAGGACUUCACUGUGAACAGCUUCGAGCAGCUGUGCAUAAACUUUGCCAACGAGAGUCUGCAGCAGUUCUUCGUGCGUCACGUGUUCAAACUGGAGCAGGAGGAGUACAACCUCGAGGACAUCUCCUGGAAACACAUCGAGUUCAGCGACAACCAGGAAGCUCUGGACAUGAUCGCCAUCAAGCCCCUCAACAUCAUCUCCCUCAUCGACGAGGAGAGCAAGUUCCCCAAGGGCACAGAUGCGACCAUGCUUUAUAAACUCAACUCUCAGCACAAGCAGAACUCCUUCUACAUCCCCCCAAAGAACAGCUACGAGACUCAAUUUGGAAUCCAGCACUUUGCAGGAGUCGUCAGCUACGAGACCAAAGGAUUCUUGGAGAAGAACCGCGACAGCCUCCACACAGACAUAAUCCAACUGGUCCACUCCUCCAAGAACAAGUUCAUCAAGCAGAUCUUCCAGGCGGACGUGGCCAUGUUUCUCUGUGGCUAUCAUCAGCCCAGUCCUGCUCCCAAGGGUGCAGAGACCAGGAAGAGGUCCCCCACUCUGAGCAGUCAGUUCAAGCGCUCCCUGGACCUGCUGAUGAGGACUCUGAGUGUGUGUCAGCCUUUCUUUGUGCGCUGCAUCAAACCCAACGAACACAAGAGACCCAUGCUGUUCAACAGGGAGUUGUGUGUGCGUCAGCUGAGGUACUCUGGGAUGAUGGAGACCAUCAGGAUCAGACGAGCUGGUUAUCCAAUCAGAUACAGCUUUGCAGAGUUUGUGGAGCGCUACAGGGUCCUAAUGCCCGGGGUCAAACCCGCACACAUGCAGGAGGAUCUGUGGGGGGACUUUGCAGACAGAUCGUCCUGGACAGACUUGGCAAACACGGAGACUGGCAAAUCGGGAAGACUAAGAUCUUCCCCAAGCCUGCGCAGGCUCCUUGUUCUCCAGGACCACCACGACCUUAAGCUGGAGAUGGAGAGGGACAAAGCAUCACAGGACAAAGUCAUCCCUGAUCCUAAGAAGCGAGCGGUGAGUGCGAGGGACAGCGCGUGA